CGGGACCUGGUCCUUUAAAUCUGUGUCAGUUUCCCCUGACGUCAGCGGGCGGGCCAGCAGCCCUGCUGUUUACCACACCGCGGCGCAGCUCACUUUUCAGUGUUCUGUGCGUCGGAGCCUGCGCGUCCGCCCGUCCUUAAAGGGCCCGCACCCCGGAAAACUCGCCGCCCCGCAAGGCGUCGGGUCGCUACCACCUCUCACGCCCCUCACCCUGCGAUUCGCUUCCCUCUGCCGCCAGCCCCAGCCGCCUGCUCUUCCUCCCUCCCCUUUCUCGGCGUCUCCCAGCUCCCGGCAACCAGCCGCCCUCGUUCUCACGGCCCUGGCCCGGAGCUCCAGGGUCUCAGGUCGUACUCUGCCCCUCGCGAGCUGGGACCCCUGCCCGGAGCCCGCAUCCCCUCCCCCCCCGGCCGCCCCCUUUCCUGCGGGGACCCUGGGAGCCUCUCCGCGGCUCUUGGGAGGGGACAUUUCCUAAUCUCAGGCCGGGGUUAAAGUUCUGGUCCUGGUGAGAUGCUGGAAGCUGCGGCCGCAGCCGCAACCCGUCCCGGAGGUGUCCUGUCGCCUGUCGCCACCGCCGCCGCCGCCACCGCUGCCACUGCCACUGCCGUCCUGCUGGGGCCAUGUUCGCUCUGGGCUUGCCCUUCUUGGUGCUCUUGGUGGCCUCGGUCGAGAGCCAUCUGGGGGUUCUGGGGCCCAAGAACGUCUCGCAGAAAGACGCCGAGUUUGAGCGCAUCUACGUGGAUGAGGUCAACAGCGAGCUGGUCAACAUCUACACCUUCAACCAUACUGUGACCCGCAACCGGACAGAGGGCGUGCGUGUGUCCGUGAACGUCCUGAACAAGCAGAAGGGGGCGCCUUUGCUGUUUGUGGUCCGCCAGAAGGAGGCUGUGGUGUCCUUCCAGGUGCCCCUAAUCCUGCGAGGGAUGUUUCAGCGCAAGUACCUCUACCAAAAAGUGGAACGAACCCUGUGUCAGCCCCCCACCAAGAAUGAGUCUGAGAUUCAGUUCUUCUACGUGGAUGUGUCCACCCUAUCCCUGGUCAACACCACGUACCAGCUCCGGGUCAGCCGCAUGGACGAUUUUGUGCUCAGGACCGGGGAGCAGUUCAGCUUCAACACCACAGCAGCCCAGCCCCAGUACUUCAAGUAUGAGUUCCCUGAAGGUGUGGACUCAGUGAUUGUCAAGGUGACCUCCAACAAGGCCUUCCCCUGCUCGGUCAUCUCUAUCCAGGAUGUGCUGUGCCCUGUCUAUGAUCUGGACAACAACGUAGCCUUCAUCGGCAUGUACCAGACAAUGACCAAGAAGGCAGCCAUCACCGUGCAGCGCAAAGACUUCCCCAGCAACAGCUUUUAUGUGGUGGUGGUGGUGAAGACCGAAGACCAAGCCUGUGGGGGCUCCUUGCCUUUCUACCCCUUUGUGGAAGAUGAACCGGUUGAUCAAGGGCACCGCCAGAAAACCCUGUCAGUGCUUGUAUCUCAAGCAGUCACAUCUGAGGCUUACGUCAGUGGGAUGCUCUUUUGCCUGGGCAUAUUUCUCUCCUUUUACCUGCUGACCGUCCUCCUGGCCUGCUGGGAGAACUGGAGGCAGAAGAAGAAGACCCUGCUGGUGGCCAUUGACCGAGCCUGCCCAGAAAGCGCUUCUCUCCUUGGUCACCCUCGAGUCCUGGCGGAUUCUUUUCCUGGCAGCUCCCCUUAUGAGGGUUACAACUAUGGCUCCUUUGAGAGUGGUUCUGGAUCCACUGAUGGUCUCGUUGACAGCACUGGCACCGGGGACCUCUCUUAUGGUUACCAGGGGCAUGACCAGUUCAAGCGGCGCCUCCCCUCUGGCCAGAUGCGGCAGCUGUACAUUGCCAUGGGCCGCUCCUUUGAACCUGUGGGUACUCGGCCACGGGUGGACUCCAUGAGCUCUGUGGAGGAGGACGACUACGACACACUGACCGACAUCGACUCAGACAAGAACGUCAUUCGCACCAAGCAAUACCUCUAUGUGGCUGACCUGGCACGGAAGGACAAGCGUGUUCUGCGGAAAAAGUACCAGAUCUACUUCUGGAACAUCGCCACCAUUGCCGUCUUCUAUGCCCUUCCCGUGGUUCAGCUGGUGAUCACCUACCAGACGGUGGUGAAUGUUACAGGGAAUCAGGACAUCUGCUACUACAACUUCCUCUGCGCCCACCCACUGGGCAACCUCAGCGCCUUCAACAACAUCCUCAGCAACCUGGGGUACAUCCUGCUGGGGCUGCUCUUCCUGCUCAUCAUCCUGCAGCGGGAGAUCAACCACAACCGGGCCUUGCUGCGCAACGACCUCUACGCCCUGGAAUGUGGGAUCCCCAAACACUUUGGGCUGUUCUACGCCAUGGGCACAGCCCUGAUGAUGGAGGGGCUGCUCAGUGCUUGCUAUCACGUGUGCCCCAACUAUACCAAUUUCCAGUUUGACACAUCAUUCAUGUACAUGAUCGCUGGACUCUGCAUGCUGAAGCUCUACCAGAAGCGGCACCCGGACAUCAACGCCAGUGCCUACAGUGCCUACGCCUGUCUGGCCAUCGUCAUCUUCUUCUCUGUGUUGGGCGUGGUCUUUGGCAAAGGGAACACGGCGUUCUGGAUCAUAUUCUCCAUCAUCCACAUCAUUGCCACGCUGCUCCUCAGCACGCAGCUCUAUUACAUGGGCCGCUGGAAACUGGACUCGGGGAUCUUCCGUCGCAUCCUCCACGUGCUCUACACAGACUGCAUCCGGCAGUGCAGUGGGCCACUCUAUGUGGACCGCAUGGUGCUGCUGGUCAUGGGCAACGUCAUCAACUGGUCACUGGCUGCCUACGGGCUCAUCAUGCGCCCCAAUGAUUUCGCCUCGUACUUGUUGGCCAUUGGCAUCUGCAACCUGCUCCUUUACUUCGCCUUCUACAUCAUCAUGAAGCUCCGGAGCGGGGAGAGGAUCAAGCUCAUCCCUCUGCUCUGCAUUGUCUGCACCUCCGUGGUCUGGGGCUUCGCACUCUUCUUCUUCUUCCAGGGACUCAGCACCUGGCAGAAAACCCCUGCGGAGUCGAGGGAGCACAACCGGGACUGCAUCCUCCUCGACUUCUUCGACGACCACGACAUCUGGCACUUCCUCUCCUCCAUUGCCAUGUUUGGGUCCUUCCUGGUGUUGCUGACGCUGGAUGAUGACCUGGACACCGUGCGGCGGGACAAGAUCUACGUCUUCUAGCAGGAGCCGGGCCCUUCGCUUCACCUCAAGGGGCCCUGAGCUCCUGUGUGGCACAGACCGGGCACUCCAUUGUGCUGUGAGAAUGAGUCCCAGCACUGCUGCCCAGCACUGGAUGGCAGCAGGAUAGCCAGGUCUUGCCUAGGCUUGGCCUGCGACCGUCGUGGGGUUGGCAUGGAGCCUUGCAGCUGCCUUCUGCCAAGGAGGAGGCCUGCUCCCCUGGAACCUGAGACAUUGGCCAAAUUGCUGCUUUCUUCUCAGUGUUGGGGCCUUCCACGGGCCCCCGUCUUUUGGCUCUCCAUUUGUCCCUCUGCAAGAGGAAGGAUGGAAGGGACACCCCGCCCACUUCAUGCCUUGCAUUUUGCCCGUCCUGCUCCCCACAACGCUCCAGCUUGGGACCUAAGGCCCCUUUUUCCUCCCAGACUCCUGUUGCAGGGCCUGGUCUGGGCCUGAAUCUCUGUCCUGUAUCAGGGCCCCAGUUCUCUUAGGGGCUGUCCCUGGCUGCCAUCACUGCCCAUUCCUGUCAGCCAGGAUGGAUGGGGUAUGAGAUUUUGGGUGUUGGCCAGCUGGUGCCAGACUUUUGGUGCUAAGGCCUGCAAGGGGCCCGGGGCAGUGAGUACCCUCUUUUCUCUGACCUGUGCUCAGGCUGGCUCUUUCGUAAUGCGGUCGGCCCAAUUUGAGAACCGCCUUCUGAUCCAAGAGGCUGAAUUCAGAGGUCACCUCUUUGUCCCGUCAGCCCCAGACGGAUGCCAGCACCAGGGCUGGAGGGAGAAGCAACUCACCCCUUCCCUUUCUUUCCAGGCCCUUAGUCCUGCCAAGCCCCAGCUGGGGGCCUUUCAGUGCCAUUGACACUGCCCAAGAAUGUCCAGGGGCAAAGGAGGGAUGAAACAGAGUUCACCCCAUCCUGCCUCCUCCACAGCCGUGGGCGCCUCAGUGCCUACCUUAGAAAGGGGCUUCGGGAAGGGAUGUGCUGUUUUCCUCUGCGUGCCCAGUCCUAGCCUUGCUGUAGGACCCAGGGCUGACUUCUGAGUUUCUGGCCAGUCUUCAGCCAAGCUCUGUAUUAGUCAUGCACACACAUACCUAUGAAACCUUGGAGUUUACACUGAGUCGCCCCAGCUCUGGGCACCUUGGCCACCCUGGUCCUUGGAUGCCCUCUGUCCCACCUGGUCCAUUCCAGAUGCCAAGGAUGGGGGGAGCUCAGGUGGGGCCUCCGCCUUGGAGAUGGGAACAUGUUGUACUCUCCCAAACUUGUUUCUAUAGCUCUGCUCGGGCUGGGUGAGGAGGCGGGCCUGGGUCUUUUCUCAGAACUGUUUUAUGUCUCCAUGCUGUGGUUGUAUUUCUGUUUUCUAUGAAUGAGUUUGCAUUCAAUAAACAACCAUACUCAGUU